AGAAUUUCAAAAAUCGCUGAUAGCCUGAUGUUCUGAAGACUUUAGUCCUUGUAAAGCACGUGGAGCUACAGAAUAAUACGUACUAAUGAUUAUUCGGCAGUUACAUGUGGUGAUUCAAACGUCCUGCGACACGGUCCGAGUCACAACGAAACUCGGAUUAAAGGAAACUGCGAGAGAAAAGGAUUACAUCGUAUUUGAAGAAAUAAACAGCUAAGAGGAGAAGAAGGAAAAGAGGUUACGCACGCUUCUUACACCUCGAUGAAUGGUCGCAAGAACAAAAUGAACUUGCCAUUGGUGUACUUUGACGUUUCCGUGGAGGAUAAGUCAUUGGGACGAAUCGUGAUACAAUUGCGCACCGACGUUGUGCCGAAAACUUCGGAAAACUUUCGUGCCCUGUGUACGGGGGAGAGGGGUUACGGCUACAAGGGGAGCUACUUCCAUCGUAUAAUACCAAAUUUUAUGUGUCAAGGGGGCGACUUCACAAAUCACAACGGCACGGGCGGUAGGUCUAUCUUCGGGGAGAAAUUUGAGGAUGAGAAUUUCGAGCUCAAGCACACCUCGAUGGGCACGCUGUCUAUGGCAAACUCCGGCCCGAAUACGAACGGCUCGCAGUUCUUUAUCACCACGAUAAAGACACCCUGGCUGGACAAUAAACACGUUGUGUUCGGCAAUGUUUCCGACGGCAUGGAUGUUGUGAGAAAAAUUGAAACUUUCGGCUCGUCGACCGGCAAGACAUAUCAGAAGAUCAUGAUAGCGGACUGCGGACAAUUAUCAUGAGCCUUCAAGUAAAUAAACAGGGAAAUAAAACUAAUUGAAAUA